AACCGGAUGUAGAACAUAUGACAACUUCCCCUCCACACGUGUGUAGUGAUGUGAAGUUGGCUAGUUUUCGUUAUUAUAUAAAAACGCCGAAUAUCUUACACGUUUUGUGAAAAUUUCCCUCACAACUUUUAGAAAUGGCUGAUAUAGUACAACAACGAUUAGAGGACAGAAUACCAGCGCUUGAACAGCUGGAGAGAGUCGGUUUGUUCACGAAUAAAGAAGUCAAGUCCAUGUUGAAAAGAUCUACUGCGCUUGAAUACAAGCUCCACCGGGCAAUUCAGAGUAAAGAUGACUUUAUUACGUACAUACAGUAUGAAAUCAAUGUCCUAGACCUCAUCAAGAAGAGGAGGGCGAGAAUUGGUUACCAUUUUAAACGUGAGGAAAUUGAGUUUCCCAUCAUUCAUCGCAUAAACUAUGUUUUCAGAAGGGCUACCACGAAAUGGCAGGAAGAUGUGCAGCUCUGGCUUUCUCAGGUUGCCUUUAAUAAGAAAUGGGGCACAAAGUCUCAGCUCAGCAAGGUUUUGUCAUCCAUGUUAGCUAUCCAUCCGGACAAACCAGCUCUGUGGAUAAUGGCUGCUAAGUGUGAGAUGGAGGACAGGAACUCUUCAGAGAGCGCUCGACAUCUCUUCCUCCGUGCCCUGCGCUUUCAUCCUGAGAAUAAGAAAGUCUAUCAGGAGUAUUUUCGGAUGGAGCUUAUGCAUGCUGAGAAAUUGAGGAAACAGCAGCAGGAGUUGGAAGAAGCUAAAAUAGAUGUGGGGGAAUAUAAAUUUUCUCCAGAAAUCUUGAGUGGAAAACUUGCUGAAGUGGUAUACAGAGAUGCUGCACAAAAAAUUAAAGGGGCUGAAUUCAUCUUGUCCCUGCUACAGAUCGCUGCCAUCUUUGACUUCACAAAGGAGCUACAGGACACCAUCCUGCUAGAUCUGCAGAAUCAGUAUAGCGAUGACUGCCUGAUGUGGGAUUUCAUGGCUAAGCGUGAGCUGGAUGCUGCCGGGGCCCCGGAGCUCCAGUCUGCGAAAGGAAGAGCUUCCGAUACAGACCGCAGAGAAGAUCGCUGCUGUGCCGUCUAUGAGGAGGCUCUGAAGAGCCUUAAUACAGAGGCCAUGUGGACAUGCUGUGUUACAUUCUGUCUUGAGAGAUAUAAGAGGAAGACAAACGUCACUGAACUCAAGGAAAAGAGAAAGCAACGAUUACUCCAAGUCUUACAGAGUGCUCAUGAUGCUAAGCUUUUGCAAGAGACUUUCUACAAGAACUGGCUACAGGUCCUGCUGUCUUCAGGGGAUACAGUAACUGCUACCCAGAUCGCCAUCACAGCCACCCAGCGCUUCAGCCAAUCAGUAGAGAUGUGGAGCUUCAGCCUCCAGACAUUGGUCCAUCUGGAGAGCGCAGAGGCGGGACAUCUAUUCCAGGAAGCCCUGAAACACAUAAAUCCCAAGGAAAGUCUGCCAUUAUGGCAGCUGCAGGCAGAUUGGAGCAUGACCUCACAGACACCAGAAGAAACUGAGACCUUUUUCAAGAAAGGCCUUCUGUCCCCAGUACCUGCAGUGUCAUCUGCCAUGAAGGAAAAAUACCUUGAAUGGUCAUACAAAACUGGUGGUUACAAAAGGGCUAGAAAAACAUUCACAAGCUUACAUGAACACAGACCCUUCACUAAGGCAUUCUUCCUGAAGAUGAUUCAGAUCGAAAAGGAGCAGGAGACACCAAAGAUGAGUAACCUGAGAGAUUACUAUGAGCGAGCGCUUCGUGAGUUUGGCUCCUCCGAUGAAAAUCUGUGGAUGGACUACAUCAAGGAAGAGUUAGGAAGGCUUGGAAACCCAGAGAACUGUGGGAAGCUCCACUGGAGGGCUAUUAAAACCCUGGAGGGUGAAAGUGUUGAGAGUUUUACCACCCAGUACACACUGCUGCAGACUGGGAACAUUUAAAACUAGCAUGAAUCUUUAACAUCUUGCUCUGUAUUGUUCAUAUUUGGAGCACACAGCGACUGAUAGCCUCAGGGGUUUCCUUUUUAAAAGCUUAAUUCCCAUGUUGCAGUCAGUAAAAGGAAACAUUGAAGUUCCAUUUGUUAUCUUUUGGAAAUUUUUUGAAACAUGCUGGUGCACAGACAUUUGCUCUUUCCUGUUGUUCCAGAAAUAAACAUUUUAUUAUGACA